AUGUUUAUUCUGAUAUAUUUUGUAUUUAUUACUCUAACAUAUGCGCAUAAUUGUUCAUUGGACACAUCAAUUAAAUAUAAUCAUGUAUAUUUAUGUCGUGAAAAAUUAAAUUCAACAUCAUUACGUAUAUGGUUACAUUUAAGAUUUAAUCAAAGUGACUAUAACGAAAAUUUCUUUUCCUAUUACAUAUUUACACUAAGAGUUAUUAAUUUAAUUUCUGGUGAUCAUAUUCAUCUUGAAGAUCGUUUUGAAAAACAAAUAGGUGAUUUUACUCAAAUCAAUAGAAAUAAAAAAGAAAACAAUACAAUUAAUAUACAUCAUUUAUCACCUGGUCGUUAUGAAAUCUGUGUUAAUUUAUUAAGUAAUAAAACUAAGAAAUUAUAUUAUCGUUCAUCGUACAGUUGUAUACAUAUACCAUGGCAUGUACCUGAAUUUGAACGCUAUAAACCAAAUCCUCUUAAAGAAGUAUUACUAAUCAUCAGUUUUAUUAUCUUAUUGAUAACAAUCGCAUUUGUUGCCCAUAAUAUCCAUACACUUAGUGAAUCUCGAAAACCUUUAAUCGUUGUGCAUAAUAUUGAUGAAGAGGAAGAUAAUGAUAAUUCUGAACUUGCUAAACUUCUUGCCAAUAAACAUUUCGUACGAAAUAUUAGUCCAUUAGAAUUAUUAGUCCGAAAACGUAUACAUGAACGGUAUAAACAUCAAUCGCCUGAUGUAAAUGAAUUUUAA